AAUGGGUGUCAGAGAGUUCAGGUGGAGAGGUCAUCAAACCUCACACAGGGACGGAGCAGUAAAUAAGUCUCACAACAUCAUCACUGAUCACAGAAACACCUAAAAAGUCAUUGAACUAAGGCUUUCACGCAUUAUCAUUAGGACAGUGUCUCACUGUAUUGGAACUGUUUCAAUAUUGUAUUGAGGCUGAUAAUCAGCUAACAACUUUCUGGUUGAGUCUGGUCUCAAAUAAUGAAAAUGAUGGAAAAAAAAUGACACCGUUGUGCAACUCGUGCAAUUUCGAAAAAAAAAACUUGAAGCGUCUGCGGAAGGUUGAGACAAACCCAAACCCACAGCGUGUUCCGAGGUUUCAUCAUUGUCUCGGUUUUCGCUCAUCGUUGGAACCAGAGAGAGGCCAAACCCUCGUGUGAAGCGUAAGAAAGGACACGAGCUGAGGAUCCGAGCGGGCGAUUAGCGGCGAACAGCAACUGGCCGCACGUCCAAUGUGUCACUUCACGUUUGGUCCCAGGUGAAUAUUUCACAUGGCGCUUUUUGUUCUUUUUACUGCCGAGCCCGACGAACGGCCCUCUGCUCCGUGUGCGCCCUCCUCUCCUUCCUGUGCCGUGAUUUAUUUGCCUCAGUUCCAAUAUUUGUCGUCAGUGUGCUUUCUUCCCCUUGUCUAAAUGUCACCCCUUCUUCUAAGACAAUAUGGGGAGUGGGAGAGACGCAGGACAAGAGGGCCGAUGGUGGGGAGAUGGGGGGGGGGCUCAUAAAAUCAGCAACAAAGUUUGGGAAAAUUAAACAUUAGGUAAGACGGGCUCUCGCGUGGGAGAAGUGCUGAGUCAUGGUUUUUCAGAGGACGUCCCGUGGAUCAAUAUAAGCGAUCGUUUUACGUGAAAGGAGCGAAAAGGCUGCGCGCGUGCACGGGCGAGCACGUGCGCAUUAAGGAGACACGCGUGACGUGAUGAUGAUUUAAGAUGCAGCUCCGUCCCCGGUGCAGGUUGGGUCCCACGCACUGCGGACACACCUCAACUCGUACCCGGGCCUCUCCCCUCCCUCUGCGUCGCUCCACGCCCGUCCUCCCUCUCUCUCUCUCUCUCUCUCUCUCUCUCUCUCUGUCUCCCUCUCUCUCUCUCUCUCUCGCCCACCCUCACUUAAACUCCUUUAUAACCCAUCAGUCCCAUCCCUGGACUCUCACACAUUCUUGCUGCUUCAGCCUCAAAUGGAUGCAGCUGCUGGCGCCGCUUCCUUGGAAUCAGACUUUUAUUAACACAUCUGGAUUUUACGUGUUUUGUCUUUUUUAAAUUUUAAUACAUUCGGCCAAUUCAGUUGGACGCGUGGACUUAUUUCGGCGUCCAUCUCCGUGUGCAGUUCUUAGAACGCGACUGGGAGCAUGCGUUUGCUAAAGAGGAAACUGUUGAAAAACUUUGAGUAAAGUUAGGAUAAAGUUCAGCCAGUCCAAACGGAGUAACUGGACAGAGGACUGUGAACUGAUAUGAGGGGAUCAUCCCCGGACUGUGGAGCAAAGCGAAGCCAGCGACUGUCGCGCCCGCGGGGACGGGCAGCAUCCCGUCCACACAUCUAGCCUGACGCACGGGGACGGACAGACAGACAGUCUGAUGCCAACUGUCUCCACUGUCAAUCUCACGGCACCACUCCUCCUCCUGUUGCUAUGGGCAACCCACCCCACCAUGGCAACCAACUGGCUUUCCCUCGCGAGGCUGCCUCGCUCCAGGCCCGUGUCCGGCGCCGCCCCGUGUGCACGGCUGAGGGGGCUGAGCCCGGGGCAGGUGGGGGUGUGCAGGGCGCGGGGGGAGGUCAUGGAGUCCGUACGCAGGGCGGCCGAGAUGGUCAUCGAGGAGUGCCAGCACCAGUUCCGGAACCGCCGCUGGAACUGCUCCACCGCCCCGCGCGGGAUCAACGUGUUUGGCAGGGUCAUGAACCAAGGCACUCGCGAGGCGGCCUUCGUGCACGCUCUGUCCUCCGCAGCCGUGGCGGUGGCCGUGACCCGGGCCUGCACCCGCGGGGAGCUGGAGAGGUGCGGCUGCGACAGGAAGGUCAGGGGGGUCAGCCCCGAGGGCUUCCAGUGGUCCGGCUGCAGCGACAACCUGUCCUACGGCGUGGCGUUCUCCCAGGCGUUCGUGGACGAGCCUGAACGCGCCAAGGGGCUGUCAGCCGGGCGCCCGCUGAUGAACCUGCACAACAACGAGGCGGGUCGGAAGGCCAUCCUCCACAACAUGCAGGUGGAGUGCAAGUGCCACGGCGUCUCCGGCUCCUGCGAGCUGCGGACCUGCUGGAAGGUCAUGCCUCCGUUCAGACGCGUCGGCGCGGUGCUGAAGGAGCGCUUCGACGGCGCCACCGAGGUACGUCUGACUCGUAUUGGAUCCAGGACCGCGCUGCUCCCUCGUGACCCCCAGGUCAAACCCCCCGCUGCCAGAGACCUUGUAUACAUGGCACCCUCUCCGGACUUUUGCCAUCUCGAUCCGGACAACGGUAUCCCCGGUACCGCUGGUAGAAGAUGCAACGGAACCUCUCGGCUGGCACCGGACGGCUGCGAGCUGGUGUGUUGCGGGCCAGGGUACCGAGCGGGCCGGGCCGAGGUGGUGCAGCGCUGCUCCUGCAAGUUCUCCUGGUGCUGCUCGGUCCGCUGUCAGCAGUGCAAGAACACAGUCACCAUCCACACCUGCAGAGUGUGACGCGAGCCACGCUCGGGUGAAACACAGUCAGAGUUGUAAUCGACAAGAAUAACGAGACGGCUGAGGCCGACGGCCCCGGAUCGCAUGCAAGCAGCACUAAACCUCGCUGAACUGACAAAAGCUUUUAAAAGACGAGUUUAACCGGAACUAACACAGUGGGAGUGGAAACACUGCAGCAGCAUUGCCUUUAAUGCAAACUAUUGGCAUUGUAUCAUAGACUAGCCACAACGUUGACGGUAUUUAUAUCUUCUCUGUUCGGAUUUAUUUAUUUGUGGAUCUUGUGGUUUUUGCUUCACUUCAGCCUCCAGCAGUGACGUCUCACAAAGCAACAAUAACGUCUACUUACAUCAGUGUCUGUGUCGUGUACAGUGGGAUCGUCUCUUCCUGUGUGUUACAGCACAAGCAGAGUUUUUAGGUCUGUUCCAAGGAGUCUAAUAAAUACAGUAGUUUCUAUGUU